CUACAUAUACGCCGGCGGCGGUGUGGUGAGGCGGCUUUUGAUUUCCACCAGGCAGCGGAGCAGCAGCGGGACGCGUCCACUAAGUAUCUCCAUCAGUACACACAUCCGGGGGGGCGACUCCACACCGGCUGCACAGCGACAUUUUGAAUACAGUGUAUAUUUGUAUACUGUGUUUUCAUCCUCCUCUACAACGUCUCUUCUUACGGCUUGAAACGCGGCCACGCCUUCCGUCCAGCUUGCAAGAUGAACUUCAAGAACAUUUGGGAGUACCUGGCCUGGCUGUACUACCAGUACCUGCUCAUCACCGGCAUCUAUGUCCUGGAGCCCUGGGAAAAGUCCAUCUUCAACUCCGUCCUCUUCUCCGUCAUCGCCAUGGUGAUCUACACCUCCUAUGUCUUUGUGCCCAUUCACGUGAGACUCGCACUGGAGUUUUUCUCUGGGAUCUUUUGGGGCCAGCCCGAGAGCGCCAUGGCACUCAUGAGCUGAAAGAUGGAGAGGAAGUGGAGGGAAAAGAGAAGCAGGGACAAGUCUGCAAAGUCCGUGUAACUCAACCCCUUAUCUCCAAGCGCACCUUGAGUCCCUCUUUCCACCACGUUCAUCCCGAACCACAGCGGACAACAUGAAGCUUUUGAUGAGAUGAUCUGGAUGUCGGAGCCUGACGAUCUUCUUCACAUCACAGUCAUGGUGAUCAGACACACUGUGCAGUGCCUUCAGGCCCUUGCUGUGCAACCUUUUGUUAAAUGUUGUUUGUCCUUUUUGUUUCCGUCUCUCCUACUGCGAGUCCUCAGUGAGUGCGUACCGCUUCUGGGUUUUGCAUCUUAGGAUCAUAAACGGUUUGCACAUUUGCAUGCUUGUCUCACAACAAAAUACUGCUGCAUUCUGUUAUUUUCUUUGAGAUGAAGUUCAAGCUACAAUCUGUAAUGGGGCAUUUUCUGGAGAGAAAAAAAAAGAGAAGAAAAAAGAAUGUGUUGCAGACAAAUACUGAAGAGAGGGGUUUUAAUUGAAGCAGGAGAGGAUAAGAUAUCCUGAAAAACGCUGACUCCCAUAAUAUUAUUAUUAAAGUGUAUCAACAGCACGUGCGCUACUGUCUGUCCAUCAAUCAUACGAGGCAGAGCAUCUAAUAAGUGGGAAAACGUGCAUUGUGUAGCUGUCAAUGCUGACGAUUAUUCAUACGUUUCCAUUUUGUUAAUGAGCUGCUCACUCUUGAGUGUUUGCUAUAUAAGGAGCAGUAAUUUGAGACUUUGGAAGCCUUUGGAAAUCUCUCUUCAGCUCCACAGAAGUCAGUCUACAACUAUUGUACAAUCUGUGAUAUCAGCACAGCGCCCCUUUCAAGCAUUAGUGUGUCCGUGUUUAUUGGCCCUGUUACCACUGUUUGUGAGUUGCUCUCUGAUAAAGGUGAAGUAUUUGACUUAAAGUCACUGGCUGAGCUUGUGUCAGAAUCACUAUUACCUUUUAUGCGCUCUAAUGCCAGCUGGCAGGGUACAAUGCACAUUUUAGCAGCUCAUCCUUCAAGGGAGGGUCAAUAGAAAAGCCUGAGACAUGCAAUGAAUCUCAGGGCACCACAGGGGGGGCGGGGGGGGGCGUCUGUGACACCGGUUUACCGAUUUAAAAUGCGUAAUAAACCGAACAUAACAGUGUAUCCCUCACUUUAUCUGCUGUUUAACUGUUACCUGUUGGUUUACCAGAAAGGUGUGCUCAGCACGUUGCAUGAGCAAAUAUUGAUAGAGCACACCUUCACGUUCUAGGCUUGGCCUUGUCAAUGACAUCGCCUUACUUAAUCUAAACCUCUGAACUCUGCAGAAAUAUCCAAAAGCAAAAACUGUCUUGCUUGACUAUAGUUGAUCAAUAGUGAUGAACAGAAGAGGAAAUAGUUAAUGACCGUUAUGAUGAGCUUGGCUUCUAGUUGUGUGUUUAAGAUUGUCUUUGAUUAUUUGUAGUUUGUAUCGAGGUCUACAGUCCAGUCAUCGUCCUCUUCAUGUUGACUUCAUUAUGUAUGUAUAGCGUUAUAUUACCUGGUAACUGCUUGGCUGGUUACAACGUCAAUUACCAAACUUUUAACUGAUAUUUAUUUGUGUUCUGUGAUGGCCGUAAAUAGCAUAAUUUUUUUUUGCUCUAUAUUUUGUAUUAUUUCUUUUUAGUUUAUUAUUAUUUGGUCCAGAUAUUUCCUGUAUACAUUUUGAAAAGCUUGUGAGAGUGUUGUUUUCACAGUUCACUGAAAUUAUUGUUUAAGGUAUCAAUGAUAGUAACACCGCACCGCAAUGUUAUAAAAUAAAAUAAAGACAUCUGAAGAUACCUGGA